AUGUCGCACAGCGAGAGUGAUGUCACACUAUCAAACACGGCUGUCCUCACCUGCUCAACUGCGUGUCUGCCUGCCUCAUCCACCAUGCUUCGCCUGCUGUUCUACGUGACUGCAGUCCUCCACGUUUGUACACGUGGCGUCGCUGCGCUUUGCCAAGGAGAUCAGUGCACCCUGUGCACUGUGAGCGGCCACACUGUCAUCACCGUCAGCGACCAGGCUUACGCUGUCGAGGAUCGCUGUGUGUACUCUCUGCUAAAGACCUCAUCAAUCCCAAAUGUCGUGGUUAAGGCGAGAUUCCAGGAACGACGGCGUAAAGACAUCAGCUUCUUGGACAGUGUGACCCUGUCUCUGAGCAACGGUAAAAUCAGUCUGGAACAAGGCGGGAGAGUUACGGUGGACGACACAGAGGAGACGAUCGACUCCACAGGCAAGAGUUUUCACAGUGUGGACGUCUCCAAAAACCAAGCCGGAGUGACCGCCAAGUUCACCCACUCCAACUACGACAUGACCGUCUUCUUUGAUGGCUACACUGCACAGAUACACAUUAAAGGACCGAGUGGACAAGCUCCAACUGUGGAGGGUUUAUGUGGCAACUCAAACGGGGAUUUAACUGGUGACAAGCUUUCUGAGGAGGGCGAGGAAGGCUGUGACACGGACCACAAUGACGACACUGAUGACACAAGCGACUGCAGUGGAAUGACUGCACGCUGCAAUCUCCUGACGCAGGCGCCCUUCAUGACAUGUCACAGCAACGUCGGCCACACGCCCUACGUCACUGCCUGCACAAACACUUUGUGCCAUUAUCCUGCCAAGGACGGACUCAAGUGCCAGUUCCUGGAGGCUUACGCCAGAGCCUGCAGCCUGUACAGCGAUGACGCAAUGGACAGCUGGAGGACAAGUGCCGCCUGCUCCCCUCAGGCUUACUGUCAGGGCCAGUUCUGCAGUGCCGAGGAGUUCUGCGGUGAUAACAGCAAUGGUGAUGGAACCCGUUGCCACUGUCGGGCCAUAUUUGCCUCCCCAUACAGAACUGACGACACUUUGGGUGACCCUGCGGUCUGCGACGGGAGCUCUCGGUCGGUUUCUCUGGUUGGUUGCCUCCUGGAGGACAAAGGAAUCAGCUACUCUAAAUUACACCUCUAUGACAAGACAUGCACAGCUAACAAGGACGCCGUGACCCACCGGGUGACCUUAAGCUUUGAUUCCAGUGAGAAGCCCUGCGGGACGAUGAUCAGGAUGAACAGUGACGAUGAACUUAUCAACAAGAAUGCCGUCCUGCAGGAGGGCAGCAGUCACGAACUGGUUGACUUCACCUGCCCCUUUGUUAUUCCAGAUAUAAACAUCGAUUUCGCAGUGAACAUCAAAGUCAAAAGCGGCACCAGCAGCUCUUCGGUGGCGUAUGUUUCAAACGGUAUUUGGGACUACGUCCUGACCAUGAAGGCCUACACUGACGCUGGGCGCACACAGGCUGUGACCCAGGACACACACCUCAAACUCAACCAGAAGGUGUGGUUUGAGCUGAAGGCGGACGGCCUGAACAAUAACGUUGCUUUGGUGACACACGCCUGCUUUGCAACCCACGAAGAAUCAGCUGAAUCGACAGACCGAUACCAGCUAAUCACGAAUGGCUGUCCGAACACUGAUGACAAAACCUUACAUGUGGAGAGCAACGGAGAAGGACAUUCAAACUACUUCUCCUUCAACAUGUUCCAGUUCUCCGGGAAAUCUGGAGACGUCUACCUGCACUGCCAAAUGAGCCUGUGCAUCAAAAGCAAGGAGGUCUGCGUCCCGGACUGCUCCCAGAAUGGUAGGAGACGCAGAUCAGUCAAGUCUAAACAAAAAGAAAACCCACCCGUCAUCAUCUUAGCCUGGGGUUCGUAGGUUGUUUCCAUGGUGACCAGGACUGGACGACAAAGUGUGAACCUCCAGAAUGAUUCCUGAUGAAGAGUCUGGAUGCCUGAACGUCUUCGAUUUUAUGAUC